AUGCAACCUGUUCCGGAAGAAGGCCUCGAGCUCAAGGUGGCCGAUUGCGUCGACGAGGAGGGGAGAUGGCUUGCUCACAAAUUCAGCGAGUUUCUCCCCAUGGAAAUCCAGCAGCAGAUCACAGCUUUAGCGGUGGAUCCCCUAGCAACGAGUGAUGACUCUCUUCUAUGGCGCCCCACCUCUAAUGGGCGCUUUUCCACAAAGAGUGCCUACCAUCUGAUGAUGCCAAGCCCGCAAGGAGGUGAUCAUAAGCUGUGGAAAAUGCUGUGGAACCUUCCUGUUCCGGAGCGCAUCCGUUGCUUCAUGUGGCUGCUCGUUCUUGGGAAAAUCAGCUCCAAUGAGGCUCACUGCCAAAGACACCUUACUACUGAGUCCGAUUGCUAUAGAUGCGCAGGGAGGGUCGAAACCAUUUUGCACAUAUUUCGAGAGUGCCCUCCCGCUACCUACUUUUGGACCAGAGUGGUGGCAUCCUCUGAUCAGCCGGCCUUCUCCUCAAUGUCUACCCAGACUUGGCUUAGGAAGAACAUUCUCAGCGAAGACACCUCCAUAACAGGUAUUCCCUGGAACGCCUUCUAUAGCAUAGCCGUCUGGCUUUUGUGGAAGAAUAGAAAUGAUGGGACCUUCCAGGGGAUUAGUAAGACUUUGUCUGCUCCUUCACUCACCCAAGCUAUCAAAGUGAAAGCAAGGCUGUGGUAUGAUGCAUGGAAAGCCCCAACAAUCGGCUCGGAUAGACUGUCUCCUCCAGCUCAAAGGAUUCAAGCAGAGAUUGGGUGGAAGCUUCCCCCUCCGGGAUGGUGGAAACUAAAUGUUGACGGGGCCUCGAAUGGGAACCCAGGAGUGGCAGGAGCCGGUGGAGUCCUGAGGGGCAGCGACGGUCGAUGGGCUGGAGGUUUCUGUGCUAGCCUGGGAUGCUGCUCGGCGGUGAUGGCUGAGCUAUGGGGUUUAUACCAUGGGUUGGAUAUCGCGUGGAGACAUGGAUGCAGGACUCUUAUGGUGGAAUCGGACUCGAAGCUGGCUAUCGAACUAGUGAACAACAGGACGGACCCUCUCCAUCCGUAUGCUACGUUGUUGGCGGCCAUCCGGCGUAAGAUAGCUCAGGAUUGGGUAGUUCGGCUAUCUCAUGUAUACCGGGAAGGGAAUAGAGUCGCGGACUGGCUCUCGAAGCACAGUCUCGUCUAUCCCUACGGCGUACAUGAGAUGCCGAACUCACCCCAAGCCUUGGUGCCUCUGCUCAGAGAAGACGACCAAGGUGUUACUUUCCCUAGGGACAUUGUUCCCUGCCCGCCGUCCCCCUCUCUGUACCCCUCCCUUUUGUAUUCGUCUGUUCUUGGCCUUUGCGCCUCCUUUCACGCAAAAAAAAAAACAAAAAGGAGGAUGUAA